GACACUGCAGGGGUGAAUACUGAAUUCAGCAAGCGCUUUGCUCUCCCCCACAUUCUGUUUUCACAGAGCUCUGCACAAUGCUCGGAUGAGAGAGGGAGAGACAGUGUGUUAGAGAGAGAGAGGGCAAGUUAAAAAGAGCCAAAGAGGGAGCGAGAGGGCGAGCGCAUUACAGAGAGUGAUUGAGGAGAAGACCAGAAAGAGAGCGCGUGUGCGUGAGAUCGAAGAGUUUAUUGCAAUAGCGACUGGAGGUCUGGAUUACGCCGCUUUAAUCCUCAGGAGACUUUGCGGGACGUUUUGAAAGGUGGUUCGCUAAAAUUUCGAGCGCCCCAGGAAUUCCAUGGAUGUUAGUUGUUCUAUUCCGCCGAGGCUUUGUGGAGUUCUUCAUUAUUGGAUUUAUCGCUCCUUUGCCGUCACCAUAAAAGUCACCUGUAUCCAUCUUUGCACCUAAAGGUUGUUCCAAUGCUCAUGGGGAACUGUUUGCUGCUGUUCCUCUGGUGCCUCUUAGACAAAAGCUUCGUUUCGCCCCUCCACUCUUCAUCCCAGAGCAGGAUGGGGAAGGAGCAGCACAGGAACAUGAUGGCACAUAGGAAACACGGCAUGAUGGGAGUUCACAGAGUCAAGAGAGGAUGGGUGUGGAACCAGUUCUUUGUUCUGGAGGAAUACAUGGGAUCUGAUCCGCAGUAUGUUGGAAAGCUUCACUCUGACCUGGAUAAGGGAGAUAGUAUGGUGAAGUACACACUCUCAGGUGAAGGAGUUGGCUCUAUUUUCACGAUCGAGCCAAACACCGGAGACAUCCAUGCCUUAAGGAGCCUGGACCGAGAAGAGAAGCCUUAUUACACACUGAGAGCGCAGGCUGUGGACGUGCUCACAGGCAGACCCUUGGAGCCCGAGUCGGAGUUUAUUAUCAAAGUCCAGGACAUCAAUGACAAUGAGCCAAGGUUCCUGGAGGGCCCAUACUCGGCUAGCGUCCCAGAGAUGUCACCCGUCGGCACAUAUGUGACACAAAUAACCGCCACUGACGCUGAUGACCCUACUUAUGGAAACAGCGCACGGAUUGUGUACAGCAUCCUUCAUGGGCAGCCCUAUUUCUCUGUUGACCCCAAGACAGGGAUCAUAAGAGUUGCCUUACCCAACAUGGACAGGGAAGUUAAGGAAAUGUACCAGGUGGUCAUACAGGCUAAGGACAUGGGCGGCCAGCUUGGAGGUUUAGCUGGGACCACAACCAUCAAUAUCACUCUUCGUGAUGUCAACGACAACCCUCCACGUUUUUCGAAAAGUAUCUUUCACCUGCGCGUUCCUGAAUCUUCACCUGUGGGCUCGUCGGUGGGGAGGGUCAAAGCUCAUGAUCUGGAUUCUGGGAAGAAUGCUGAAGUGGAAUAUAGCAUUGUUCCUGGUGAUGGAGGCUCCAUGUUUGAUAUUUACAGCAAUAAGAACACUCAAGAGGGAACAGUCAUACUGAAAAAGCGUCUGGACUACGAGACCAGAAAGGCCUACACCUUCAAAGUAGAAGCUUCAAACGCAGCUCUCGAUCAUCGAUUCCUACAUUUGGGACCUUUUAAGGACACUGCCACAGUGAAAGUGAAUGUUCUGGAUGUGGAGGAACCUCCUGUCUUCAGCCGGCUGUCUUAUAGCAUGGAGACAUACGAGGACACACCAGUGGGCAUCAUCGUCGGAGCCGUAACAGCCGAGGACCUAGAUGUAGGCAACAGUCCCGUUAGAUACUCUGUUGAGUGGAGAAAGGACUCCGAAAACCACUUCGACAUUGACCCUGUUGAAGGAACUCUGUCCGUCAGCGAAGCCCUGGACAGAGAGAUAAAUACAGAACACAACGUCACUGUUGUAGCAACAAAAGUUAACAACCCCCUGCUGUCCAGCAAAGUUACUGUCAUAAUCAAAGUGCUGGAUGUCAAUGAAUUUCCUCCAGAACUUGCCUUUGCGUAUGAGACAUUUGUUUGUGAAAAUGCAAAAGUAGGACAGGUGAUUCAGAUCAUCAGCGCCACAGACAGAGACAUGCCCGCUGUCGAGCACCGAUUCUACUUCAAAUCCCCUUCACAGACCAGGAACAGAAACUUCACAAUCAGGGACUAUGGAAACAACACAGCUGGAGUGGUGACCAGGCGAGGGGGGUUCCGGAGACUGGAGCAGAGCAUGUACCUGGUGCCGGUCAUUGUGGAGGACGGCGGGUAUCCGAUCCGAAGCAGCACUGGGACGGUGUCGGUGCGAGUGUGUACCUGCGACACAGACGGCUCCCUCGUUUCCUGCAGUGCGGAAGCUAUCUUCUUUCCCAUGGGACUCAGCACUGGAGCUUUAAUGGCCAUUCUGCUGUGCAUUGUCAUUCUGCUGGUGAUGGUGGUGCUCUAUAUGGGCCUGAGAAAACAAAAGAAGAAGGACACGCUGAUGUCGUCUAAAGAGGACGUCCGGGACAAUGUGAUCCACUACGACGAUGAAGGGGGUGGGGAAGAGGACACCCAAGCCUUUGACAUAGGUACGUUACGCAAUCCCAAAGGCAUCAAAGAGACGGCGCAGCUGCAAAAAAUAAGAUCAGAGGAUGAGCCUGAUCGGGCUAGUGCCUGCGUUUCCAACGAGGACAGCGAGGACAUCCGAGCCUACAUCCAUCACUGUCUUCUGGAGAACUCAACACCUCCGUAUGACUCCCUGGUCACGUAUGCAUAUGAGGGAGAGGGAUCGGUGGCCGAGUCUCUCAGUUCCAUUGAGUCCUGGGUGCUUGAACCCAAGGAGGAUUACAGAAAUCUCUGUGACUGGGGUCCUCGCUUCAAAACACUGGCUGGGAUAUUUAAAGAGCAUGAGUCUAAGGACACGGAAAAGACGGCAAAUGAAGCACUAAAUGACAGACUGGACUGAGAGCAUUUCACACGCUCUUUGAAAAACACAACGUUUAUUUAUUUCAGGCAUGGCACUUAAGGGAAUAGUUUGAUCCAAAAUGAAAAUCGGCAUGUCGUUCCAAACCGGUAAAAACAUCUUUUUUUGGCAAUAGUGUAGCAAUGUAUGAAGCAUAGUUCACACAAAAGCCACUUUCAAACCAAAUGGCUGCUGGUCAAUGUGAAAAUCCAUGUGAGCAAUUUGUAGCUGAAGUCUGUGUUGGGAAAUCUUUUGCCCUUAAUGUGAUCUCAUGGAUUUCUAUAGAAAUUAGAUUUUGCCUGCAAAAAUGUGCUGAAUAUUAGGUAAUAUGGCCACACCUUAAAGGGUUAGUUAACCCCAAAGUGGAAAUAUCCCUCAUGUUGUUCCAAACCCAUAAAACCUUUGUUCAUCUACAGAACAUAAAAUAUAUAUAUAUUUAUACAAGAGCUAUCUGACCCUCCGUAGACAACAACACAACUGAAAUAUUCUUAUAUUCAGAAACGUAGUAAAUAUAUCAGUAAAAGCAUCCAUGUGACAUAAGUGGCUCAACUUCAGUUUUGUGAUUCUUCUACGAGAAUACUUUUUUGGGGGCAAAGAAAACAACAAUAACAUCAUUCUUCCGAGUUACAUUUUAGAAAGUAUCACAGCGCGUAUGCACACUUUCCCUUAACCGUGACCAAUGCCUGUUGAGUUCCUGCGCAUGCUUUCGCCCCAGACGUAACUCAGUAUUUAAGCUGCACACCAUUAUAUCAAUACCUACUACAAAUGUACUCUCCAAAAUGGUGGAAGACGUAACUCAGAGGAGAAGAAUGGUUGAGUAAAUUGUUAUUCAUCACAGAACUGAAGUUGAGCCACUGAUAUCACAUGGACUGUUUUACCAAUGUAUUUUUACU